CCCGAUUGGUGCGGAUCGGUUCACGUUCCUAUGGGUUCGGGUAACAUCUUACGUAUUUCUUCGGCACAGACAAUUGGGGAACAGAAAAAGCCCUAGACCUGAUCGUUUCUCAGCAACACACUUCACUCCCACUGGUUUACUCUUCGAUUGCGAAAUCCAGCACUACCCAGAGGCAAGAGCCGACUCGAAUUUUCCCUUCGCACAUUGCAAUUGGGAUUUCUCACUGUCAAAAGCCCUUAGAAUCGAGUUUCACACUCAAAGAUUAGAAAAUCAAGGUAAAGAUUUCAACUUUAUGCUAAAAAGAUUCAAACUUUCUCAUCAUGUGCGCCAGAGUUCACAUUUUCUGUGCCAAAAGCCUAGUUAUGCAUUUUGCUCUGCUGGAAGUAAACCAAGUGAUAGUGGUCCAGUUGUUAAUAGCCAUGAAUCUGAGUCUGAAACAGAUUGGGAGGGCUUACUCAAGCCUUUCGAUCUCGAAAAGCUCAGAAAAUCACUCAAUUGGAUUACCCCCUUUCAGCUGCGUAAACUACUGGAGCUGCCACUUGAUGUGCCAACAUCAAUGGAGAUAUUCCAGUGGGCAGGUAAACAAAAGGGGUAUUGUCAUACCUUUGAUGUGUAUUAUACUUUAAUUGAUAAGCUCGGUGCGGCUGCAGAGUUUAAGGUUAUUGAUAGAUUGUUGUUGGAAAUGAAGGAAGAGGGGGUUGUGUUUAAAGAAUCUCUUUUCAUGUUGAUCAUGAAGUGUUAUGGUAGGGCGGGUUUUCCCGGGCAAGCGACUAGGUUGCUUUUAGAUAUGAGGAAUGUGUUUUCUUGUGAACCCACUUUUAAAUCUUAUAAUGUUGUUUUGGAAGUGUUGGUAGCUGGGAAUUGUCCUCAAGUUGCGCCGAAUGUGUUUUAUGAGAUGUUGAAUAAGGGUAUUUCUCCAACUGUUUAUAGUUUUGGCGCGGUAAUGAAGGCGCUGUGUUUGGUGAAUGAGGUGGACACUGCGUGUUCGUUGCUUAGGGAUAUGACCAAGCACGGAUGUGUGCCCACUGCGGUGGUUUACCAGACUCUUAUUCACGCUCUUUUCAAAGCUAAUAGAGUGAAUGAAGCGUCGAAACUCCUGGAGGAAAUGUUUCUGAUGGGCUGCACACCUGAUGUGGAAACGUUCAACGAUGUCAUCAUCGGCCUAUGUAAGGUCGAUCGGAUACAUGAGGCUGCAAAGUUGGUUGACCGAAUGCUUGUCAGGGGCUUCACUCCGAAUUCUGUUACUUAUGGUGUUCUGAUGCAUGGGUUAUGCAGAACAAGUCGAGUUGAGGAAGCGAAGGUAUUGUUGAGCAAGGUACCUCAGCCAAACAUAGUCCUGUGUAAUACGUUGAUUAAUGGCUAUGUUAGAAAUGGACGGCUUGAUGAAGCAAAGGAUGUUCUAAAUGGGAGCAUGUUGGCUACUGGCUGUCGUCCAGAUGUUUAUACGUAUAACAUACUUAUCAAUGGUUUCUGCAAGAAAGGGCUUAUGGUUUCAGCACUAGAAACAGUUAGAGAAAUGGAAUCUAGGGGCUGCAAGCCUAACGUGAUAACUUACACUAUUUUGAUUGAUGGAUUCUGCAAGGAAGGCCAGCUAGAGGAAGCUCGUUAUAUUGUGGAUGAAAUGUCGGUUAGGGGGCUCAGUCUAAAUACAGUGGGAUACAAUUGUAUCAUACGUGCACUAUGCAAGGAUGGGGAUAUCCAUGAGGCUCUUCGAAUUUUCAGUGGCAUGUCAAGUAAAGGGUGUAAGCCUGAUAUAUUCACGUAUAAUUCAUUGAUCUAUGGGCUUUGCAAAGUUGAUCAGAUGGAAGAGGCUUUGGGGAUGUACAGGGAUAUGUUACUGGAGGGUGUUAUUGCAAAUACUGUGACUUACAACACCUUGAUUCGUUCUUUCCUAGAAAAAGGUGCUACGGAAGAUGCACUUAAGCUUGUAAAUGAUAUGUUGUUUAGAGGGUGCCCCCUUGAUGAAAUCACUUCUAAUGGCAUAAUUAAGGCACUGUGCAAUGAUGGGGCUGUUGACAAAGCAUUGGGGUUCUUUGAGGAAAUGAUAAGGAAGGGACUUAAUCCCCAUGUUAUAUCUUGCAAUAUCUUGAUAAAUGGAUUUUGUAGAAUCGGGAAAGUACAGAAUUCGCUUGACUUUCUAAGGGACAUGAUUCAUCGCGGAUUGACACCAGAUAUAGUGACAUAUAAUAGCUUGAUUAAUGGUCUGUGCAAAAUGGGUCAUAUUCGGGAAGCUCUGAACCUCUUUGACAAGUUACAAACUGAAGGAAUUUCUCCUGAUGCUAUUACUUACAACACUCUGAUAACCUCACAAUGUAGGGAACGCAUGUUAAAUGAUGCAUAUGUGCUUUUGAGCAGAGGUGUGGCGAAUGGUUUUGUACCGAAUGAUGUCACGUGGUAUAUAUUGGUGAAGAAUUUCGUAAAAGAGGGUAACGAGGAUUGGUAAUUUGUUACCCUUUAAACUCAGUUUAGCAGCUCCAAGAAGGCUUUGGGUUGUGAGAAUUGCCUCCCUCGACCUUCCAAUCUUGUAUAGACUAUUGAUGUGCUGAUUGUAAUCAUUAUUUUCUGUCACCCAAUUCUAUGUUGAUUGACAUGGAAACCUGCGGCAAUGACAUUUUGUUUGUUUUGGGUGAUAGCGAUACAAAGUUUGCGACAAUACAGAAAUUAAGGCUGGCAUUAUAAUUCGUCACUAGUUCUCUUCUAGAACUUAAAGUAAGCAGGGUGUGCAAUCGAUACGACCCAAAGACACUGAAGGAUUGGUGACUCAGAGUCCAUAAUGGGGCUAAUUAGCUGAAUCAAGCAAAAGAAAGCGGUUUAAAGUGUCACGUUGUUGAUUACAGUAGUUUAUUUUCCUUCACAUUUGAUCUCAUCAGAUGCGAAACUGGGUUGGAGAACCGGAAGAUUAUGCUGUAUCGGUUUUUUUUUAUGAGACCGCUUAUGAUUUAACAGCGGUCAAACCAGAGCUGAACGCUCUGACGGCCCUGACUUUAUCAUCAUGUACGUACCUGUAUUCAAUUAGUUCAUUCAGAUCGUAAAACUUGCAGUGCAACCUCAUCGUUGGAGUACUGCAUUAUAUCCAUUGGAAUUUGUAUAUUUACGAACGGGUUUUCCAACACUAAGAUCAUAAGUGGAUACGUAUAUUUUUG